UUUUCCCCACACUCAACUACAUCCUCCACAAAAAUUUUAUUUUCUACCUUCUUCAACUUACACUGCAUCCUGUCCCCAACCUGGAAUUUGAACAUGGCUAUUAGUAUGGGGCAUCUUCUCUGUGGCAAGCAAGGCCUAAGAAGGUUUUGUUCAAAGUCAAACAGAGAAAUUGAGGUUCCCAAGGGACACUUUACUGUAUAUAUUGGCCAGGGCAAAAAGAAAGGAUUUGUUAUUCCGAUUUCAUACUUAAAGGACCAUUCAUUCCAAGACCUGCUAAGUCAUUCCGAAGAAGAAAUUGGGUUUGAUCAUCCGAUGGGUGGACUUAGUAUUCCUUGUCCCGAGGACACUUUCCUUGACAUCCUCUCUAGUAUUAAGUAGAUGCUGAUAGUCAUUCCGAACAGUUUAGUAUAGAGACUUCAGGCAGCUUAGUUUAUUAUAGUCAUUCUAAACAAUUUUGUACCUAGAAGUAUACAUGUACAGUGUUUUUUUCCCUGAUCAGAUUGGGAAAUAAUCUUCAUCAGAUUUUUUUCAAUAGUCAUGUAUCAAUGUAUUACUUAUCAUGAAUCCUUCAAGUUUUAGCUAAGGAAGUCCAAUUUUUCAAGUCUUUAUUGAAGGUAUGAUUUCAUACUAAAACACAUUUUCAUCAUUUGUAGCUAAGACACUGAGACAUGCACAAAAUCUAUAAAGCAUGUACUAUGUUGCUUAUAAAUCUUCCCUUUAUUGAAAGGACUUGAAGAUUUGCUCAGAAUAAAAGAUUUUUGUCUUGAGUGGAGACAAGCUAAUGAAGCAAUGGAUUCUCAAGUUCUCUCGAUAAACCCUUGCGGUAGUGAAAUGAUGCAGUCCAUGAAAGUUGAAUCACAAGGUAAUGUAUUAUGCCCAUUGCUUAGAAGUCCCAAACACUCUUCAGACAUGUUGAAGAGUUGUGUAGUAAUUUCAUUAUGGAGAUAUAAAAGUGGCACAACAAAGCAUUUCUAACCAGCCAUAUAGAUAGCAAAAUGAACCUGAUUAACUGCUGGAGAGGAAGUAAAGCAGAUACCUGCAUCAUCUUGUAGUCUUGGGAACAAAGUUCUCUCUUUGGAUGACAGCAAACUUCUCUUUGGAUCAUUGUGAAACUGAUCAUGUUAUUAGCUCAAAAAGAAAGAAAGGGAGAUCUAAUGGGGAGAUAUACAAAUUAUAUAGAAAUCUUGGAUCUUAGUUGGACUGAUUUGUAGGGAUGGAUGACCAAAUUUCAUUUUGAUGUUUGUCUGUUUAGUUAAUCAGACAAGAGAAAACCAUGUUCUCUUCCAGUUGUGUGGGGGCCUUUCAUGAGUUCCAUUCAGAGAAGACAAAACCAUGUUAUACAUAAAUGAUGAAUGACAUU